AUGACUCGGAUACUACACCUAACGCUCUCCACAUUUUUGAUCUCCUUCGUCUCCUCCAAAUUCACUGAAGACUUUUCCCAAUGGUUGGCAGACUAUUACGGACCACAAGUACGGAAUCAAAUUGAACGACUCGAUUUGGGUCCGAAUGGUUCAUUUGGUGGAAAGAAACAUAGAAAUGAUUCAUUGACUAAUCAACCACUGAUUAUUGUUCAUGGAGUAUCCGAUACAGCUGGAGAGAAACCAACAUGGGCGGCACAGUGGUUCAGAAAAGAAGGAAAGUACAAGGAGAAUGAGAUUUACUCGACAACAUAUUUCAACGGAGCACAAGGAAAUCCAUUGAAAUGGAUUGAGUACUCAAUGAAAUGUGAAUAUGUCAAACAGGUUCGUUCUCUGAUUGUAGCUGUUCGUCUGUAUACUGGACGAAAUGUUGAUGUGAUCGGAUUCUCGCUUGGUGUUCCGGUAUCAAGAAAAGCAAUUCUUGGAGGACGAUGCGUGGACACUGGAGAAUAUUUGGGCGGUCCAUUGACACGUGUCAUUGAUACAUAUGUUGGAGUGGCUGGUCCAAAUCGUGGAGCUUCACCUCAACUCGGUCCACUUUCGGUUCCAGCUUGCGCACUUUCUAUUACACCGAUUUGUAAUUCGGUGAAUGGAUUGUACUCGGGUAACUGUCCAGCUCAGAGUGAAUUUCUUCAGGAUAUCAACAAGUACGCUCAUUAUGAGGGACAAUACACAUACUCAAUCUACACCCAAAAAGAUCAAAUGGUUGGAUAUGCAGUUUGUGGACAGCUUACAUCCCCACUACCUGGCCAAUCUGGUCAACGUGUCUAUACUGACAAAAAUCACGAUCAAGUGUUCGAUGACACACAUGAGGUUCAACUUCGAAUGAUCCGUGACCACGUUGUCAUUUAA